AUGGGCGCAUUCCUCUCGAUACCAGUGCUCUCAUUUCUGCUAAUACCGUCCAUGUCCUCCUACGGAACCAGCCUUAACCUCAUAUUCUUCUAUCUCACCUGGACGACCCUUGUCCUAUCCCACGCGCCAUUGAAAGUCGAGCUGGUCGGAACAGCAGCGGUCCGAUUGAUAUUUUACUUCAUACCUUCCGUCCUAUUUUUCCUCUUCGAUAUUUUGAUCCCCUCCGCAUCGGUCGUGUUGAAAGUAUACGGAAAAGAUGGGCUACCGCAGCGGAAGAAAAAGCACUACGGCAGCUCGGAGCUCAAGGUUGCAGCCUGGUCGAUUCUCAACUUGCUUUUAAGCAUAGUGACGCAAGGGUUUAUUGAAUUUUGCUUGACGCAAGGGCUGGGAGUGAAGAGCGCGCUGAAGGUGACGACGAAGCUCCCUCUGCCAUGGGAUAUUGUGAAGGGAAUAGGACGGGCAUUGAUACUUCGAGAGGUGCUGCAAUAUAUAAUUCACCGCAACGCUCUCCAUUCAUGGACGCCCUUUCAGCGCCAGCAUAACGAAUGGUACCAUUCAUUACACACCCCAUAUCCCUUGACGGCCCAUUAUGACCAUCCGGUCGCAUACCUACUUUGGCGUUUUGUUCCUACUUUUCUACCAGUAGCAGCUUUCCGGAGCCACCUCCUCACCUAUAUGUUAUAUCUCAGCGUAGUCUCGCUGGAAGAGACAUUUGCGUAUUCAGGCUAUAAACCAAUGCCGACGAGCUUCUUCAUCGGCGGUAUAGCAAGACGGGUGGACCUACACAUGUCACACGGAGGACAUGGCAACUACGCGCCUUGGGGGGUUAUGGAUUGGAUGCUUGGAACAUCAAUUGGGGAUGCGAUGGGCGACGAGGCGUCAGAAGAGUCUGAUGGCCAUGGAAAUAAUGGUCUCGCUGAGAGGCUGGUAGAGAAACGGCCUAGGAGGAGCCAUAAUGGGAGAAGUCGCCGGACGAGGGCGAAUGUAUAG